GGACAACUCCCAGAUGGCGCUGAAUGCUCUAGCUCGGUUCUUUGAGCAUGCGCGGGUUACAGCAACAGACCACAUGACCGGUCACAUGACACAGUACGCUGACGUCACAUCCGGUUUGCGCUCCGCAACGCAGACGUGUCUGGCGUCUCAGCGUUCAUCACAACGAUGCCUGCUGCCGGGGAGACAAUAUGUCUACUUACAACAUCCGUCUUUACAAGGAAUCCGACCGCCGUAUGGUCCGGGAGAUCUUUCUGUCCGGUUGUUACGAGCACAUCCCUGCAACUUUCUACUGUGCCCUAAGGCAGCCUCAGUGCUGGCUCCUCCUGAUGGCCGGACUCUUCCUUCCUCUGGUCACUACCGGAUCCUUUGCCUACUCCAUCUUGGGUGGGAUUGGUGCCUUGCUUAUGUUAUGGAUCCCCGGUGGUGUUUUCUUCAUUGCUCAUGCCAAGUGGGGUCUGGCCGGAGAUCUGAUGGACAUAAGAAAAUAUUAUCUUGAGAGGGAAGGUUACUGCUUCUGGGUGGCAGAGUUAGAAGGAGAAGUUGUGGGCACAGUGGCCGCCAUUCCAUAUAUUACUCCCUAUGAGAAGAACGUGGAGCUGAAGAGGAUGUUUGUAGCCAGUCACCACCGAGGCAAAGGGAUCUCGAAAUUGUUAUGCAGGACGCUGAUUGACUAUGCACGGAAAAGUGGGUGUAAUGCGAUCAUCCUUUCCACCACUUCAGUACAGUCUACCGCAAUGAGGAUGUAUGAAACAAUGGGCUUCAAGCCUUCAGACCCAGGUAUACACAAUAGUGUACUCCAACUCAUCGGAAUGUUUUGGGUUGGGUUCAGAUACGAUAUCUCCUCCCGUUAAUGAUCCUCUACAGUUGUCUUCCUCGUUCAGAUAUUGCAAAAAAAUUUAAAGGGUUGAAAUCUACAUUACUGUAUCAGAUGAAUGAUGCCAAGGUCACAUGAACUUCCCAGAGUCAAUGGUUAUGGGAGACAUCCGUAGUCCAGCCACCCUCUACCAGGAGAAGGGCUGGACCCAAACCAGUUUGUUUACCAGGCCUGGCUUUUGCCAAAACACCAUCUCAUAACCCAUCUUUUCUAGACAUUCCUAUAUCAAGAAGUGUCAUUUCUAGGUAAACCAACGCACUCUUACUGUUCCAGUCAAUGCUGUGAGAAUAAAGUGCUCAAGUCUUCAUCUCCAAGAAGGACUUUUCCAUCUAAGACAGAGUAGAAUAUGUGGUAGCCUGGUGGGGGUGUAGGGUAGUUGGGGUGUUGCUGUAGUAUAUGAGGGGUUCAUUUAACCCUUGUCACUCGUGACGCCAGGGUGGGGGUUAAAACUCUGUAGUGAUGCUGGGCCUAUCGCCACCCUUCCCAACAGCAAUAGGUAAGUGUAAAAUAAAUGGACUGUCCACCGCAGUGCUGAACUUAAAACUUGCAGGAACUUUACUGAAGAUUUUCUGUACAUGCAGUAUCGAUAACAGUCCAUAUAACAGAGUCUACAUAGACAGCACAGCAGUGACUGACAGUUUCUUGGGACCGGGAAGUUCUCUUAAGAUUAGGAGGAUUGUCUUUGCAUAGAUCCACUGGAUUUAGGGGUUGGAUUAGGUCCAGUAGAUAGCGGGGAAUUUUACGAACUAUCCAUCUCUAGCGCAGGCCUAGGCCGCAAGGCUUUGGCCUAGUAAUUGUCUUGAAAGCUGCGGAGGUCCUACCUCGUCCAGAGUCAGCAACCCAAGAGCAAUGAUGCUGCUUGCUUGGCAGCGCAGGAACAAGAGAGAGAGAUAAAAUGGCGCAGCUCCCUUAUAUUGGCAUGGGCUGGCUGUUUUGCAUUGGUCCAUAUCAGCUGUCACUCACCGUUACAAUGGAUUGG